GUUGGCCAACCUAUUACGUCACACAAACCCGGAAGUUGUUUGUCUUCUCCUGACUGGAAGCAGAUGAGCUGCAGUGAAAUCUCCAGUUUAUCGAUAAAGUAAUCUUCAUCCACCAACGUCACUGACUCCUGGUGUGUGUGUGUGUUUGAAGAGUUGUGUGCAUGUGUGAGUGUGUGUUUUGAUUGUGCUUUGGGAUAAUGUACAGUGCUGAUCAGGACCAGGAAGAGUUGGAAGAUGAUCUCUAUCAAGAGGAUGAAAGGGACUCUGAAGGGUCAGAGGUCAACAGUGAGCUGGAGUUUCACCUCUACAGUCAGCUUCACUACUCUUCCAAUCAUGGGGAUUUGGCGGAUGAAGAGGAGGAGGAUAGCCACCAAAAAGGGGAGCUUGGGAAGCAUACAGAUAAGGACAAUGACCUGAAAGAUUUAAAAGACAAAAAGCCCCUAUCCUUUUCCAAUGAUAAUGUUCAGGAACCCCCUAAGAAAAAGAAAGCGGAGAAACAGAAAAAGAGGAAAAGUGAACCUAAAACUCAGAUGUUGUCAUCAUCACAUUUUGAGGAAGUCAUUGUAAUUGACUCCAGCCCUGAUGUCAUCUCCAUCUCUGAAAAUGACACUGCAGAUGAUGAUGUGGGAAUCUGUGCCUUAAAGGGCCAAAGCUCCCACCUGCAGCAGACCUCUACCCCCGCACAACAGGAAACCCGAAAAAGGAAAAGGAGUCUUGUCCCAGUAAAUCUGGUCUCCAGCUGUUCAGAUUCGGAUUCAGAAGAGUCUGAGUCCGCAUCAGAGUCUGAGUCAUCUGAAUCAUCAGAGUCGUCUGAUUCAGACGGGCUGGAAAACUGGAUGAUACUGGGUGGAGGAAAGCAUGAUGGAGACCAGUCCAUCUCACUCAAUCUUGAAGGGGAGCCUGACAGCAGCACAGAUGCUGAAAAAGAAGAAGAAGAAAAAGAAGAAAGCUGGUUGGUCUCAAGCAAAGACAAGGAAGCUCAGAUCUAUAACAAAGACAAAGGUCCGAGGUUGGCAGUGCAGCGAGUAUCAAACAGAUACUAUACUGGGAAGAACGUCCAGUGUAGAAACUGCAACAGGACUGGACAUCUUUCCAAGAACUGCCCAGAUCCUAAGAAGCUGUCGCCCUGCUUUCUGUGUGGCACAAAUGGCCACAUGUCCAGUGCGUGUCCCAAUAAGCACUGCAACAAUUGUGGUCUACCCGGGCACCUCUACGAGUCCUGCAGUGAGAGGGCUUACUGGCACAAACAGUGCCAUCGCUGCAGCAUGACAGGACACUUCUUUGAUGCUUGUCCAGAGAUCUGGAGACAGUACCACAUUACCACUAAAACUGGUCCUCCUUUAAAGAAGCAAGGAAAAGACACGGGUCAGUCCCCUGCCUACUGCUACAACUGCUCCCAGAAAGGGCACUUUGGUCAUGAGUGUACACGGCAGAGGAUGUUCAAAGGUGUUUAUCCCAGCACACCAUUCAUCAGCUACUAUGACUCGGUGGAGGACAUUAACUGCAGACAGCACAGGCUAAGGCUGAAGGUUAAAGGGAUGAGGAAAAAUGGUUACUUGCCUACUCCUUCUCAGUCCCCUGUCACUCCUGGGCCACCAAAGAAGAAACAGAAAAUUAGCCAAUGCAAAAACAACCACAAGCUUUACCACACACCUCACAAAACCCCAAACGACCACAACCCGAGUCCCAGUCAUAUAUUUUUUAAUGAUAAGUUUAGGGACUCAACGCCCAAAGCAAAGAGGUUCAAACAGCAGGAUGGUGGUGGUAGCGUAAAACCAUGGAAACCUAAAAGGCCCGUACCCACCUCAAAAGACCCACAUCCACCAGCUAAAUUAAUUGUAGAUGAAGCUGAUGACUUUCCCAGAGGGGGUGGGCCAGAAGAAAACAGAAAGAAGAAGAGGAAGAGGAAACAUAAAAAGAAACGCGUUUCUUUAUCUGUGCCAGAGGGACAGGUAUACUCGAGACCAGACCAGCUAUGUUGGACUGGGAAUGGGAGGAAGCAUGGAUCAGCAUCAAAGCAUCAGAGAAAUCAUCCCCACAGGGUCGCUAAUAAAAAACAUGACUCACAGAUGUACCCAACAGAUGAGAAUCUGUUCAUCAUCAAACAGCGGAAGCGCAGCAGAUAGCAUCGGUUGGUGUGAGAUGCAGAGGUGUCGCGCAAUUUAUUCACUCUGAAACAGUUGAUUUGGUCAUUGUGGCUUCGAGGCUCUUUUUACAGAUGUUUGGACAUCUCAGUAGGAAAAACAAAUGUGCAAACAGUGGGAUCAGUGAGAGCUGAGUUCCACUUGAUUCACUCUUAAUUCUGGCUUAUUGUCGGAGCAUUCUCAUUUCUAAUUAUUAGUAGCACCUGUACUUUUCCUGUAAUGAAAACUGUCAGAGCUGCUUUUUCAGUUGCACAGCUGCUCUAAUUCAUACUGUUCAAACAGGAGACGUCAUUAAUACUGAAGUGAUCAGUGAAGAAAUGCAGUCUGUGGUCACUCUGUUGAUAAAUUGUUAGUAAGCUUCAUUUUUAAAUACUCUCAGUGAAGCUGGGUGACGUGUCUUUAAGGAACUGGGAUUAACUUAGUUUGACCAAGCUGUUAUCUCUACGGUAGACUACUUCUUUGGUAUUUGCAUAUUCUUUUUAUAGCUUUGUUCUAGUUAGUUGCCACACAUUACAGCAUACAGAUAAGAUAAUUUAGUUGUUGCUUCUGCUGUAAUCAUGGGUGUUAAGCUGUCAAUGUUUCUGACUGAAGCCAAAACGAUGAGGGUUUUUAGAAGAAGAAAUUCCUGUUUUGUUUUGUUUUUUUUGGUAACUCCUCUAAUUAUUGAUCGAACAAUGUAAAUACAUCUAUUACUAACAGUGUUUGACAAAUAUUUGAUGCUAAUCUUCAGUCACAAGAUAAGUGUCAUUUACGAAUUACUGAUUGUAUUAGCUCUCUAUCCUUUAAUGGUGUGUUUUUUUGUUUGUUUGUUUAUUUUUAUAACAAGCAGAAACCCUAACACUCAACACUGAACAGUUGGAAACACUUAAAUAAUUUCUGAUUGCCCAAAACCCUCUGUGAAAAUAAAAAAGUUGAAUCUU